CUAAUGGCGGGUCCUUGGUCUCAGGCUUGUUGCAAAACAUGCUCCUCUACUAGCUGUGCGUGUGGCGACAAGGGCAAGUGGAGCAACUCCUCGCUCUUAGGCAAGCGGCUCUCAGAAGACUCGAGCCGCCACCAGCUGCUGCAGAAGUGGGCGAGCAUGUGGAGCUGCGUGAGCGGGGACGCGUCGGUGGCCAGCACGGAAAGGACGCGGCGCGAGGAGACUGCGGAGCCGGCGGAGGAGGAGGACAGGCCGCUGGUGUUUCUGUGCUCUGGUUGCCGGCGGCCGCUGGGCGACUCGCUGAGCUGGGUGACGAGCCAGGAAGACACCAACUGCAUCCUGCUGCGCUGUGUUUCCUGUAAUGUUUCUGUGGAUAAGGAACAGAUACUAUCCAAACGUAAAAAUGAAAAUGGUUGCAUCCUGGAGACUUUGUACUGCACAGGAUGUUCACUCAACCUCGGCUACAUAUACAAGUGCACACCCAAGAAUCUAGACUACAAGAGGGACUUGUUCUGUCUCAGUGUUGAAGCCAUUGAAAGUUAUGUUUUAGGGUCCUCUGAAAAGCAAAUUGUGUCAGAAGAUAAAGAGCUUUUUAAUCUUGAGAGCCGAGUUGAAAUAGAAAAAUCUCUGAAGCAGAUGGAAGAUGUUUUGACAGCAUUGCAAACAAAGCUUUGGGAGGUUGAAUCAAAAUUGCCCUUUACCAGCUGCAAAAGCUGAAAUCUGUUCCAAGUCUCCCGUUCUGGAGUCCUUCACUGAUGGACAGUUGUUUCAUAUGUAGCAAUUCUUGUUAUAACUUACUUCACUUAGAACUGAAAGAAUUCAAAAUGUUCAUGUACUUUACAAAUUCUCUUGAACUGAUCAACUGAUCAAAUGAGAAGAAUUGUAGAAUUACUUUUCCAGCUGUAUUUGAUGGUAAAAAGAUGAUUGUUUCCUAAAUUCCAAUUUUAAAGUCGUGAUACUUCCUGGAAGUGAAAUUUAGUAGUUUUUAUUUUGAUAAACCGCCAUAAUUUUCUGAACGGUUUUCUCCUCAGUACCAAAUUCGUUAUUCUUUAUUAUUUUUUUAAAAGUUUAUUUCACCUUUAAUACUUCGAACAAUAUUUAAUAUUGAGUGGUAAGAAAAUCUUAGAAGUUUUCCCACCCACUGUAUGGUUGAAUCUCCUCUGAAAACUAAUGCGUACAGCUCUGUGGAGAAACUGGUCAGUUGAGUUAUUUGUCAGAACUAGUCAAAACCUUGCACGAGAGCAGAAUAGCGUGUAUUCUAGUGGCGGUAGAAUUCCACUUGAUCCUGUUUAUUUACUACUAUAUGCCAAAAAAACCUGGCAGUAUAUUUACCAAAAAGAGUAGUAAUCAUUUCUGAGGGUGGGGUUCUGGGGAAGUUUUCAGUUUUCCAGUUUUCUAUAAUGUAGGACGUAGAGUAAGCACAUGUUGUUUUUAUAAUGAGGGAGAAAAUAAAGAUUAAAACAAAGUGUUUUACAGUUGAUUUUUCCAAAACAGUUAUUUACCUGAGCUCAGAAAUCCUGGUGUCAUGAACUCUACACAUUUACUGGGCAUGGCAGCGUGAGGGUCCAGCUUAGGACCGUCAAGGUAACCCCACGUUUCCCCAGGCCGUCUCUGCUUUCGAGUGGACAUGAGGCCGCAUAAUGUUAGUACUCAGCAUGUUUGAGAACUGCCCUGAUUAUGUCUGAGGAGACUUAAAGUUGUCAUAUAAAAGUUCCCAAGUCAAAUUGACUCGAUCAUUGAUCAUUCACAAUUAUUGAGUUCUUUUUUGAUGUAUCUGUCAGCAGCCUCUAAUAAUUUGAAAUUAGGGAGCCGUCCAGGUCUCUUCUCAACACCUGCUGGCAACAAAACAGUCAUCCUGCCUCAGUAAGCUUGAGGAAGUCCCAGGGGCCUGUCCUUUUAGGUGCUUCGGUGGCACUUGCGUGGAUGUUCAUUUAGAACAGAUGGGAGAGUAUUUUAACAGCGAGAUUCAGCUAACUUUCUGCUUGCACGGGUAACAGAAUUCUCCAACAGUCACUUUCAGGGCCAUUCCAAAGAGGUAGGCAGUUUGGCUCCCUAAUUCCUUUUACCCUGUUCAUUCUGGGGCAGAAUUUCUAGCUAAUCCAUACAUCUUGAAAACUACUCAUUUCACCAAAGAAGAGUAAUUUCUAAUAUCCACAGUGCUAACCAAGCCUCUGUGGUGGUUUGGGAAAUAAACAGCCCAAGUGCCUUUGUGGCUUCUCCAAGUGUGGGCCUUUCAUUAGUGUUUCCCUGCAAAUUCGCCACCCCUGGAAUUUUAUCUCCAGUUGGGGUCCUUCAGAUGAAGUUAACUACCCGUCCCUGGGGUGCAGGUGGAGAGCUCACACACAUUCGUAUCACAGGGUCUUUGCUGAAGCAUCUAAAAGCAAA